AAUGACAUCAUCACGCAAUGAUAUCAUAACGUAAUUGAGCAACUUUUAGCAACAAAUUUACCUGCCUUUAGCAAUUUCCCCUUCAAAUUAGUUGGCAGCACUGCACGCAUGCUGGUGAUAAGCGAGUUUUAGUUAUGGACGAAUUUAGUAAGUAUCGUUCGCCGCUGGUGUCUCGAUAUGCCAGCAAGGAAAUGGCCUACAACUUCAGUGACAGGAAGAAAUUCACAACGUGGAGAAAACUGUGGAUCUACCUGGCCAAAGCGGAAAAGGCUCUUGGCCUGCUCGUCACCGACGCCCAGGUGACCGAGAUGGAAAGCCACGCUGAGGACAUCGACUUUGCCAUGGCGGCGGAGGAGGAGAGCAAGCUGAGGCAUGAUGUCAUGGCCCACGUGCACACCUUUGCCCACUGCUGCCCCACCGCGGCUCCCAUCAUCCACCUGGGUGCCACUUCCUGUUACGUGGGAGACAACACGGAUUUGAUCCUGCUUCGUGACGGUUUUGACAUUCUCCUGCCAAAGUUGGCCAGAGUGAUCGACAGACUGUCAAACUUUGCUGAAAAAUACGCUGAUCUCCCCACCCUGGGUUUCACACAUUACCAGCCGGCCCAGUUGACCACAGUGGGUAAGAGAGCAUGUCUGUGGCUCCAGGACCUGGCCAUGGACAUGCGGAACCUUCAGCGUGCCCGCGAAGACCUGCGUUUCCGGGGGGUGAAGGGUACUACGGGCACCCAGGCCAGCUUCCUGCAGCUCUUCCAGGGGGACCAUGAUAAGGUGGAGGAUCUGGACAGAAUGGUCACAGAGAUGGCAGGCUUCAAAAAGGCCUACAUGGUGACCGGACAGACGUACAGUCGUAAGGUGGACAUUGACUCCCUCUCUCACCUGGCCAGCAUGGGAGCCACCAUCCACAAGAUCUGCACUGACAUCCGCCUGCUGGCUAACCUUAAAGAGAUUGAGGAGCCGUUUGAGAAGGAGCAGAUCGGCUCCAGUGCCAUGGCCUACAAGAGGAACCCAAUGCGUUGUGAGCGUUGCUGUAGUCUGGCCCGCCACCUGAUAGCGCUGCUUGCUGAUCCCCUCCAGACCGCCUCUGUCCAGUGGCUGGAAAGAACACUAGAUGACAGUGCCAACAGGAGAAUCUCUCUCCCUGAGUCUUUCCUUACUGCUGACAUCAUCCUCAGCACCCUGCAGAACAUCACUGAAGGUCUGGUGGUCUACCCCAAGGUGAUAGAGAGACACAUCCGUCAUGAGCUUCCCUUCAUGGCUACAGAGAACAUCAUCAUGGCUAUGGUGAAGGCUGGAGGCAACAGACAGGACUGCCAUGAGAAGAUCCGUGUGUUGUCCCAGCAGGCUGCAAACGUGGUGAAACAGGAGGGGGGGGACAAUGACCUCUUGGCCAGGGUCCAGGCUGACCCCUACUUCGCCCCUAUCCUGGGCCAUCUUGACAACAUCCUGGACCCCAAGACCUUCAUCGGCCGCGCCCCCCAACAGGUGGCGAGGUUUCUCUCUGAGGAGGUACGCCCUCUGCUGGAACCUUACAAGGCCGAGAUUGACGUCAAAUUUGAGCUGGAGCUCUAAAACAGGGGACACUGACCUAAAAAAACGACUAAUUUAACGCUUAACUUAGUUUUAACCAAUUCUGAAAUGAUGAUAUUAUUUUGCAGGUCAGGAGUGGCCUUUUCACUAAAACACAUACUGUUACACACCAAAAUAAACCUCAUGACUGACUAAUUGCAUGCUGUAUUGUAAGACAAUAAAAGAUUGAAAUCAAAA